AUGGCGAGGGCUCGGGCGGCGCGGGCUGGUGCGCGGGGGGCCCUCCUGCCCGAGGCCGCGGACAUCGAGGCCGCGGACGACGCCGGCGGAACGGCGUCCGAGGCCGAGGGCACCGAGGCGGACCUCGGCCCCGCCGCGCCACGGAGCGCCCGGCGGCCGAUCUCCAGGUGCGCCCUCUUUGCCGCCGCGGGCGCGACUGCCUUGUCGGGCCUCCUGUGCCUGACCGCCCGCGCCACGGGCCGAUGGCGGCCCGUGCUGGUGGAGGAGUUCGGGGGAGGUGUGACCAGCCUCACCAUCCUGCAGGAGGCGACAUCCUGCCGGAACAAGGACCAGAUUGGCCUCAGAACGGCGAACGCGUCCACCCUCGAGGAGUGCGUACAGCUGUGCAACGGCGAGAAGAAGUGCAACGGCGUGCUCUACCACGAUAGCACCGGCUGCGAUCACCUCCCCAAGCACACGUGUUUCCUUUACCGAGGCACUUGCGACCCCAUCGGGCACGCUUGCUGGGAGCGCGUCGACGGUACCACGAUUACGAUCACCACAACGAAGAUCUUGGCGACCAAGAACGUUGUCUUCCUCAACGAGGUCGUGUACAGCUCGGACAAGCCAGACGGUCCUGGGGUUGAGAUUGCUGGCCCAGACGGGACGGACCUGUCCAAAUACGUCGUUGUAGUGUACAGUCAGGCUGGCGAGGUCGAGCAGACCGUGAAGCUUUCUGGCACGAUGAAGGCGCGCAACCAGCAGGACUAUGGUAUCGUCUGGCAGGGGCUGCAAUGCCAGUGGUACACGGCUGUGGCGCUCGCCCGUGGCUCCACGGUGGUCGACUUCCUGUCAGUGUGGGACGCAGUGACAGCCAGGGCGGGUCCAGCCAAAGGGCGGAACUCCACGGUGAUCGUGGACGCGUACGGCGCGCCCCUGCAGGCCGGGACCUCGGUUGAGCAGAUGAGCCUCCAGCUCUACGGGACCGGGCUCUCGGAGUCAGCAUUCGAGUGGAAGGUGCACUCAGCUUCGCCCGGGCAGGUCAAUGCUCUGCAGAAUUUCAUGUAG